AUGUCCUCUCAAACCAGUGCUCAGGCCAGUAGGGUUGAGCGCCAGCACAGUAACAGAAGUCUAACUGGCAAUGCAUCAACCAGCAGAAGCAGGGUCGAGGGCCACUCGCGACGGGUCGCCCCUUGGUCAGCUCGUGCAGGGCAGACCUUCCCUCGCGCGGCUGGUGCAACGGAGGAGACAUACAUCGAUGCCCACUACGUAUCAACCAAGCCGCCACCGAGCAAGCGUGCUUUGUUAUCACUCGAGGAAGUGGAAAUCUCAGAACUUCCUGAAGAUGAAAGAACUUGCAUCAUUUGCUACAACGACUUUGGCGAUGAGUGCCCUGAGGGCCAUGCUGAGACACCGCGCCGUCUCCCCAAGUGCAAGCAUGUUUUCGGUGAUCGAUGUAUCAAAAAGUGGUUGGAGGAGUCGGACAACUGCCCAUACUGUCGUGAUAGGGUUGGCAGGGUGAGAGCAUCCGACCUGACCAUUGCUGAUUUCGCAGAAAUGCCCAGAGAUGCAUCAGAGAGCGAUCAAUCGGACGAGCUUCUCGAAACCUUUCUCCACGUGGGUAGGUCCCAGUUACGACACCUACCUAUUUACGCCAGGCUAGGCGUGCCUCGCACUAUCGAGGAGCGAGAACGCCAUCGUGUCUGGCUUUUACACACCCGAGAUGCGCAAAUGAGAGAAUCCGCAGAGUCUCCCUCCCGUUCCCCUGUUGAAAGGGAAGAUAUCAUGGUCACACCUCCCCCACGGGCACCAUCUGACAUGGACCCCACGAUCCAUACACCAACUCACAGCCACUUCCACAGGGAGGAUAUGAUGGCAACGCCCCCCUCCACUGUACCUCGUCUUGCGGCACAGCAAGGCCCCAGUGCUCCUACUAUGCCUGAGCCGAAUCCAAACAUUCCACGUCCAGGACGCAUGGGUGGAAAUAGUUUUGGGGGCUAUGGAACAAGCUCAUCGACGCAAACAAUAUCACCAAGCCCAGAUUCCCCACACGCGAAUCCGGUGCAGAACAUUCCUACGCUGGCGGAGUUCACCUCUCAUUCGCUCCUAUACGACUUGCAUCCCGAUCACGGUCCGGCAGGCGGUCCACUCUUCCUGCCUUCUCUUGGUUCUGGAGCUUCUCACGGCCGGUCUGGCAGAGGCCGGCGAUGUUAG